GUGCACCGUAGGAAUCCGCGCGACCAGCUCUUGAGGCGUUCAAAUCGGAGACGCCGCAGACCAACUGGGGUGCAGGCAGCCCACCACCCUGACACCACCGAGACCGACGCUCCCUCUCCCGGACUGACAGGCCAAUCGCAGGCCACCGCUCGCCCUCCCUCCAUCCACAGCACUCUCUCUCUCUCUCAAACACACACUCACUCCUCCUCUUGUUUCUCUCUCUCUUUCUCUCUCACUCAGGUUUUCAUUCCUUUGCGUUCAAUCCGUGCAUCCCCUCCUCCUCCUCCACCACCACCUCCUCCUCCUCCUCCUCCUCACACCUUUUGGUCAGAAGAGGAAGAGGAAGCCCAGCCCAGGGAGAGACGCUGAGAGGAUGAAACUCUGACACGCCGACAGACCACAGGGAAACAAGAGCACAACUAUAAUUGCUAGAAGGCAGCGCCCAGGAAGGUCAGCCAAGAAUUCCGCCGUAGGUGCCAAAGUGAAAUCUACAGGACUACAAUUACUUGGACAGACUGAGGCGGCAGAGCAAAGUGAAUGACAGAAACUGAUUGGCAUAGUGUGGCGUUGACAUUGGACUUCGCUCUGAGCACCAACAAGUGAUUUCUUCUCUUCUCAACAACUCCAGCCUCAGACAGGUUGUAUCUGACGGAGGGACCGGUGCCGCGCUCCCAUCCCCGCGCUCCUUCAACAACAACACUGGUCGAUCAGCACCUGUGGCAGCAGCAGCGAGUUGAGUGACCCAGCUCCAGCCCGACCGGCUUUACCUGUACAUGGAGACCCCCAGCUGGGCAGGAAACACGUUGUGUAAGUCAGGAAGCAUUGCUGUCUUCGGGAACGUGGUGUACAGCGGACUGCUGAACGAUCACCUCUGGCAUUUGGGAGUGCCCCUCUUUACAAGACUGGGUAACCAAGAGGCCACCAACCCCCCAGAAGCGAUGGCCCAGCCGUACACCCCAGCCCAGUACCCACCUCCCCCACAGAAUGGCAUCCCCGCAGAGUUUGCGGCACCGCACCCGCUCCCAACGCAGGACUACACCGGGCAGAGCCGGGUUCCUGAACACGCCAUGACCCUCUAUACGCCCACACAGACGCACAGCGAGCCGGCCGGCACUGACAACAGCACGCCAGCCAUCACCGCCACCACGACCGCACCGACAGAUGAUGUGACGCAAACAGAGGGCUCUCAGCAGCUCCAGCUCCAGCACUCAGACUCUUCAGAGAAGCAGCAGCCCAAAAGGUUACAUGUCUCCAACAUUCCCUUCCGCUUCCGGGACCCUGACCUAAGGCAAAUGUUUGGGCAAUUUGGAAAGAUUUUAGAUGUGGAGAUUAUCUUUAAUGAGCGAGGAUCCAAGGGCUUUGGGUUUGUAACUUUUGAAACAAGCACAGAUGCUGAUCGUGCACGGGAGAAACUAAACGGUACAAUCGUAGAGGGACGCAAAAUAGAGGUUAACAAUGCAACAGCACGAGUGAUGACAAACAAAAAAGUGGCCAACCCUUACACGAAUGGCUGGAAGCUGAAUCCAGUGGUGGGAGCUGUCUAUGGUCCUGAACUGUAUGCCGUAACAGGGUUUCCCUACCCUGCCACAGGCGCUACGGUGGCCUAUAGGGGUGCCCACUUGCGAGGUCGGGGGCGGGCUGUGUACAACACGUUCCGCACAGCUCCACCGCCACCACCAAUCCCAGCUUACGGAGCGGUGGUGUACCAAGAUGGCUUCUAUGGUGCAGAGAUCUAUGGUGGCUAUGCAGCAUACAGAUUUGCCCAACCCACCACCACCGCUGCUUACAGUGACAGCUAUGGCAGAGUCUAUGCAACAGCAGACCCCUACCACCACACGAUUGGCCCUGCCGCCACAUACAGUGUGGGGACUAUGUAAAUACAAAAGGAAGAGCUGUACUCAGUAUUGAUGGACAUCACAGAUGAAAACAACGAAGGGAGGAGAACUAGCUUUAAGAAAAUAACACAAGAAGAAGAAGAAGACGAGAAGGAGUCCCUCUACUGAGGCUGGCGAGGGAAGACGGGAGGCGUACAAAGUGGCGCCGCGGCAGCGGUGUCAAACCAGCCACAAACUUGACAGACGGAGUGAGCCAGUUUCCACCAGGGACCACCUUUUUGCCGGUUAGAAAAAGACAGAGAGAGAAUGAAAAGUGUCCCGUUAUUAUAAAACAUUUUAUUUUUCUAUACUUUUGUGAU